AUCGAGUAGGGACAAAGCAGCCAUGGCCGACAACGAUUUGUUGGACUACGAGGACGAAGAGGAGCAGGAGCAGACCGCCGGGGAGCCCAUCCCGGAGGUGAAGAAGCCGACUGGGGGCUACGUGUCCAUCCACAGCUCCGGUUUCAGGGACUUCUUGCUCAAGCCCGAACUCCUGCGCGCCAUUGUGGACUGCGGCUUCGAGCACCCUUCCGAAGUACAGCAUGAGUGCAUUCCCCAAGCGAUCCUGGGCAUGGACAUCCUGUGCCAGGCCAAGUCUGGUAUGGGCAAGACAGCCGUGUUUGUGCUGGCCACUCUGCAGCAGCUGGACCCUGUGGACGGACAGGUGUCCGUGCUGGUGAUGUGCCACACCCGAGAGCUGGCCUUCCAGAUCUCGAAGGAGUACGAGCGGUUCUCCAAGUACCUGCCCUCAGUGCGGGUGGGGGUGUUCUUCGGGGGCAUGAACAUCAGCAACGAUGAGAAGCUGCUGAAGAGCAGCUGCCCCCACGUGGUGGUGGCCACCCCGGGCAGGGCCCUGGCUUUGGUGCGCUCUCGCAAGCUCCAGCUCAAGCACAUCAAGCACUUUGUGCUCGACGAGUGCGACAAGAUGCUCGAGCAGCUCGACAUGCGUCGAGACGUGCAGGAAAUCUUCCGCAACACACCCCACGAGAAGCAGGUCAUGAUGUUCAGCGCCACGCUGAGCAAGGAUAUCCGGCCCGUCUGCCUCAAGUUCAUGCAAGACCCGAUGGAGGUGUAUGUGGACGACGAGGCGAAGCUGACCCUGCACGGGCUGCAGCAGUACUACGUGAAGCUGAAGGACAAUGAGAAGAACCGCAAGCUCUUUGAGCUGCUCGACCUGCUCGAGUUCAACCAGGUGGUGAUCUUUGUGAAGACCGUGCAGCGCUGCAUGGCCCUCGCCCAGCUGCUGGUAGAGCAGAACUUCCCCGCCAUUGCCAUCCACCGCGCCAUGACACAGGAGGAAAGGCUUUCCCGGUACCAGCAGUUCAAGGACUUCCAGAAGCGCAUACUGGUGGCAACCAACCUGUUUGGCCGAGGCAUGGACAUUGAGCGGGUCAACAUCGUCUUCAACUACGACAUGCCAGAGGACUCUGACACAUACCUCCACAGGGUUGCUCGAGCGGGAAGAUUCGGUACCAAGGGCCUGGCAGUGACCUUCGUCUCCGACGAAACGGAUGCCAAGACAUUGAACGAGGUCCAAGACCGCUUUGACGUCAACAUCUCCGAGCUGCCCGACGAGAUCGACAUUUCCUCUUACAUUGAGGGGCGCUGAUCAAGUCGUGCCGGCGUCCCGUCUUGAAGGCCUCCAGUGGCUGCCCCAUCCUUGUUUUGUACAUCUGUCUUUGCCAUCUCUCUGAAACACUUCGAGUUCAUCGCGAGGAAAAAAAGAAAAAGCAAGAAAAACCUUGUCAUUGUGUACAUCAUGUGUAUGUGAGUCUAAAUCAUAGUUUUUGUUUAAUGUGGCAUUGCCAAGAAGAAACCAGUGCUGUGUGGAAAUACAGUUUGUCACUCCCACCACCA